CCUCCCUUUCCUACCACCCUUACAUCGAGAAGAAGAACCUCGCGAAUCGGCAAGAAGGGCACAUAGAAAUGGCGGGCGUCUUGAUUGUGGUCAUGGGCACGUCAGGCUCGGGCAAGUCGACGCUGGGCGCCAAGCUCGCCGAGCGCCUGUCGCUGGCCUUUGUCGACGGCGAUGACCUGCACCCGCCGAGCAAUGUCGCAAAGAUGGCAGGUGGGACUCCGUUGGGCGACAAUGAUCGCGAGCCGUGGCUGCACCGGAUCCGGGAGACGGCCAUUGACCUCACGCACCCUGCGAGGGAGCCCUCAGCAGACGGCACGCCGCGGAGACGAGCAGGCUGCAUCAUUGCUUGUUCGGCGCUCAAAAAGGCCUACCGAGACCUUCUGCGCGGCGACAUUGUCACGCUCGCGGGGCAGCCUCGCAGUGACGAAGAAGCAGGCAAGGAGCAGGCGCUCCAGACGGUCCACGUCUACCUCGACGUGCCGCCCGAGGAGCUCCUGCGGCGAAUGGAGGCGCGGAGUGCUACGCACUUUAUGCCGCCACAGCUCCUCAAGACGCAGCUCGCUGCCCUGGAGGCGCCCGACCCAGCCACGGAGCGAGACGUCAUUGUCGUCAAGCAGGACGGCCAGGGGGAUCUGCAGCAGAUGGUCCAAGACACAGCAAAGAUUCUCGAAGGCUAUCUCAGGGCACCUUGA